GCCAAGUGUUCGACGAAUUGCCUCAGCGACUUCGUUUCCUCUUGACGAGGGAAACUGAUCUCAGCUAUGGAGGAGAAAGACUGGGAAGGUUCUCCGUUGAGCGAAAAAGAAGCUGGUUUACUAUGCUAUGAUGACGAAGAAUAUCAAUUCGGUGCUCCAGUGCCCAAAUUACAAUUCAGAGUAGGAUCUUCCAAGGCUCGUUGGAUUGCUGAAUUAGGAAUGGCCGAAGUUGAGGUCAGAAGGGGGAAACUUUGGACGACAACUGGAAUCAUUCGUACCGGAAAAACAUUUUGUUUCAUAGAAGAGGCUGUGUAUUUGAGUGAAAUUGGAGAGUUGCAGCUCUUGGGUGAUGAGGAUGACGUAGUGAUCUCACUGAAGGACUUGUAUAGGGAAAUUGCAGAGGGAAAAUGUGGCUGCUGUUGGGAAAACUACGAGGUUUACAGAUACUUAAAGGGUCUAGGUUACAUUCUAGGCAGGCAUGGAGUUCCUUGGACUACAAAUGAUGUUGUGAAUACUACACCAAGUGAUGAAGAUGAGUCACUUUGUGCUGGAGAAUUUUCCCAAGACAAAGACUCUAUUACCAAACUCCUGAGUGAUAUGCAGAUCUGUGAUGCAAGACCGGUGUUUGAUGUGUAUUUGCCAAACAGCCACUUCAAGAAGUCUUCUCCUGGUGAACCAAGCUUUGUCGCUUGCUUCUCGGGAGACUCUCCACCAAGUAAAGAAGAAAUUGAAGUCCUGCAAAAGCGUGUAGCUUCACCAUUGAUGUUCUGUCAUAUCGUUGAAGGCCGUGCCAGUUUCUUUUCCUUCAAUUCCAUAGACCUCCUUGUCUUACCAUAAAUGUGACAAAAGAAAACGGAAUGCUCUUGUGUUAUCAGACAAAGGUGACAAAACUGAGUGACUGAGAGUUUGCAAACACUUGGAGUAACUUUGCGGACUCAUUGAUGAGGUAAUAUGUACAACUUUAUGUUUCUUUACAGGCGUAGUAGGAAUUGUAAAAGGCUCCAAAAAAAAUAAAAGCUUCCUUGAAUG